UGGACAUCAACUGGCUUUUUGUUCCUUUUGGCUUUUAAGAAUUGUUUCUUUAGAUUUAUAUCCACAUCUUUUCCGUGAACAGUUGCAGAACUGCGUGAGCACCCCUUUAAGCCCAAAUAUAUGUGUGUUAUGGAUGUCUUACAAACCAAGCAACAACAACAAAGAACUGAACGCGCUGAAACUGCGUAAACACUUGUUAUUGAUCUCUGUGCGCUUUCCUCAAGAUGAACAUUAGAUGAUGGUUUUUAAUCUUAUGUGGUUCUGGUGCUUGUAUUAUUCAGAAAUCUUUGCAAUUCUUUGGGUGAGUUUGACUUUGCACGUGAGCACUGUAUUGUGAUGGGGGUGUGAUUGAGACUUCAUUUUCUAAAGAUCGGAAAUGAAUUUCGAUCAGCUGUUAGCCACAAUCGGUGGCUUCGGGAGAUACCAGAAGCUUCUGUAUGUGUGGAUAUGUCUACCGCAGAUCUUUCUCGCAUUCCACAUGAUGGCGAGCGUCUUCACGGGCGCCACACCGCCGCACCAUUGUCGGGGUUCAAAGCUCGAGGACUGGUCACUCACCGGCAGCAAUCGUUCAAAUGUGAACCUGAGCAUCUCCCUCCUGCCUGGGCAUGCGGACUCGUGCACCGUCAUUUCAGGAGAGAACCAAAGUUCAAGUUCAAGUUGUGAGACAGGAUGGGUGUAUAGCCACGACAUCUUCGAGAGCACCACUGUCACUGAGUGGGAUCUGGUGUGUGACAAGGCAGGUCUAAGCAGUCUGGGUUCCUCUGUCUAUAUGCUGGGACUACUUGUGGGAGCUAUUGUGUUUGGAGCUAUGGCAGACAGGUAUGGGAGGAGGUUUGCCAUGCUUUUGUCUUUAGCCCUUCAGACAGUGUUUGGUGUGGCUGCUGCCUUCGCUCCAAACUUCCCUGUUUAUGUCACCCUACGCUUCAUCAUAGGAACUUCAGUCUCGGGCGUAAUAAUCAAUGCUUUUGUGUUAGGCACAGAAUGGACAUGCACACAGAGACGAAUGCUGGCAGGCAUCUUCACCGACUACUUCUUUGGUUUUGGCUACAUGUUGCUGGCGGGUGUGGCCUAUCUAAUCAGAGACUGGAGAAAGCUGCAGCUCGCAAUUUCUGCACCAGGCUUUCUCUUCAUAUUCUAUAUCUGGGUUCUUCCACAUUCAGCCCGUUGGCUUUUGGUGAAUAACAGGAAAGAGGAGGCAAUUGUUCUUCUGCGUAAGGCAGCUGUGGUCAAUGGACGCACCUUACCUCCAACUAUUCAGGUGGAGCGACAUGAGGUCCCACAAGGGCGGAGUCAAUACACUGCUGUUGACCUGCUUAGAACUCCACAGAUGAGGAAGAGGGCCCUCAUACUCUUCUACAUCUGGUUUGUUAAUGUGUUGGUGUAUUAUGGGCUGUCUCUGGGUGUGUCUGACCUAGGGGCAGAUCUUUACCUUACUCAGUUCAUGUUUGGAUUGGUGGAAAUUCCUGCAAGGUCGCUGGUGUUGGUCCUCCUGCCCUGCAGUCGGAGAAUCCCACAGAGUGUGUUCCUCGCUGUAGGAGGUGGAGCAUGUCUACUCACUCUCACUGUUCCUGCAGACAAUGCUCAAAUUCGGGCUGCUUUGGCCAUGGUGGGAAAAUUUGGAAUUACAGCAUCUUUUGCCAUCAUCUAUAUUUAUUCUGCAGAACUCUUCCCAACUGUUCUCAGGCAGACAGGUAUUGGUGUGUCUUCUAUGUUUGCAAGGAUGGGUGGAGUUUUAGCUCCGCUAAUAAAUCUGCUUGGACGCCAUGCACCUGUUGUGCCCAUGGUGAUAUUUGGCUCCACCCCUCUGCUCGCUGCAGUGCUCGCCCUGGCAUUGCCUGAGACAGUCAAUCAACCACUACCAGACAGCAUUUAUGAUGCAGAGAAGUCUACUCCUUUGAAAUAUGAUGGACAAAUUCCAGUACAUACCAGCCAAUCAGCAAGCAGUACAGAAGGGCAGGAAUUGCAGAGUUUAGCAGAUGAGUCCAGAUAGAAAUAAAUGAUCACAUAAAAUGCAUACACACAAAUACACAAAAACACUAUGCAGACUCCCUUUCAAGAGCUGUUAGAUUAUCAGUUCUGCUGAUGAACGAUGCAACUUGCAAUUGGCUCGGAUUUGUUCAGGUUUUGAUACAAAACAACAAUGCCUCUUUUGUGCCAAUUUCACACAUAUUUGAACUUUUUCUAAAUAUUUUUAAAAUGACUUCGGCUGUAGGUUGAAGAUUUUACUGAUUUGCAUCGGGACUAGCAGUUUUGAUAUAAACUAAAGUCUAAAGUUUUAAAUAAUGCAUGACAGUGGGUCAGAACACAAUGUGAUUGGUGCAUCGCUUCUCUCUAUGCAACCACUUUAUUUAUCGGGCCUCUCUACGCAAAAUAAAGAGAGAUACCCCAAACAUACCUACACAUGUGGAGAACAUUUGUGAAUGAGAAAGCAGAAAAUAAUACUGUAUUUAUUUUUACCUUAUGGCUUUCAUCUACACCAAUUAAUUCAAAUGACCAGUAUGUAAAAAAAAAAUUUUUUUAAACUCUGCAUACACAUUACAUACAUGACUUUCCCUGAUAUACAGUACAUAUGUCUCCAUAUAUCUCCGCUUCACAGAGAUUGAAAUCAAACACACAACCAUAUACUUACACAUCGGUCUUCCUAUUUAAGUAACCAUCAACUUGAAGUUAAAUAUGCAAAAGUUAAUUCAGCAGAACUGCAUCUGUAAACCUCAUCAUAUCACUAAGCACAUAUAAUAUCACUUCACUAUAAAUUAACUGUAUACAGUAUGUGAUGAUUCUGUUGCUUAUCCAGGUACUGAUGUAUUUACUGAUUAUUUGAACUGUAGUGUGCUCUAAUGAAGCGUGUAGUCUGUUCCAUACAGUGUCUUUUUGUGUAUCAUCUUUAGAAUUUUUCAUUAGAAAUUUAAUAGCAGGAUGCCAACCUUCUUCACAGUACUCCAAACAAAUUGAAUGGUUUAAGAUGUUUAAGAUGAACCUAUAGACUUGGGAGUUUAUGAUUUACAGUUGUCCAAAUGACCUUGCUAACAAUACUGCUAACAAUACUGAGCAUUAAGCAUGAGACAACAUUUGAGAGUUUGGUCUAUUGGGGAACUAAUCAGUGCCUUCUGUGUAGAUUUUGAAGUAUACCUCCACUGUUUAAGAAAUACCACAGAUUUUUCUUGUGGGGGGAAAUUUUCUUUUAGUUUUGCUUGAGAAGCCCAAAGCUUCUGCCUGGCUGAAAUUACUUUAAUAGCAUGUGUGUAUACUGAAUAAUCUUAGUUAGGUAGUUACAGAGAAAAAUAUCAAAGAGUUUAGUGCUGAUUUAACUGCUGUCUAUAUGACUGCAAUUGUUUUUCAUAUUGUUUUAGUAAAGAAAACGUCAUACGCACAAUAGAAAAAUUUUAAGGUUUAAAGCAAUGCGCUGGGUUAAACUCAAGUUGAGCUCUAUCAAUCACAUCAGUUGUGACAUGCUGUCAAUUACCAAAGAAAUAAUUUCAAAUUGUCCCUUAGUUUGUCAAAACAAACAAAAAUCACUUUUAUAGUAAUACACUUACUAUGGUAGCCUAUGGGGCAAGGCAUUGUGAAGGAAUAAAUGUCAAAAUACAGUGUUUUGCAAGUAUACCUCAAACUUUAUACAGGUUAACAAGAGACCAAUGUGUGAUAAAAUUACUCCGGUUAUGACUAUGUAACAAAAAUACCAGUAAGAGAUGUGACAUAACCUUUUCCAAAGUACUGUUUACGUGGAGGAAUCUCCAACCACAGGAAUUACAUUAGUAACACAGAACCAUAACAGUAGCCCACCACUAAAUGCAUGAUGUAGACAACUUACAUAGGUUGCUACAGCUCAAAUAACACACAUUUGACUGAGAGACAAGCCAAAAUUAUGUUUUGUGGUAAUCAACAGCAUGCCACAGAUGCUGAUGAUAGAUUUGAACUUAAUUCUUUUUAUGGAUUGUGGCACUAAUGUUCUAUGGGUUUAUGAUUUUGAUUGAAACAAUGACACAUACACGAUGAUGGUCGUAGUUCUGGACCCAUGGAUUGUCCAGCCUUAGCCACACACUGCCAAAUGAUAAAGUCUAGUUUUUGCAUUCGUAUCCUGACAUUGACUUUUCAAAAUAGGAAAAUGUAGUUUUACUUCAUGAAAAUAUUUGAGAGAAAAGAACGAUUUUAUUAUGCAAUUUGUCUUUAAAAAAAAAAAAAAUACACUCUGUAUUUUACUUUGGGUACACUCAUUUGCUGAUUUCUCAGAGUUUGGCAACUAUAUUUAGCCAGGGGAUCAGAUCUUAACCAAAAUGUUUCUAUGUUAGUGCAUGAUUAUUACAUUUAAAUGCUCUUUCUCUGUGAUGUUAAUUCAUUUGGAAGUGGGACAGCCUGGUACUCCUGUGAAGGGCACUGUAUUAGAAUAUGACAAAAUGGAAAGAGGCUCUUCCAACAGAGCAAAACCACCCUUUAGAAAGUCUUCUGGAUUGUUACCACAACCAUGAAGAUAACAUGAGUAUGACUUUUACUUGGGUCAAAUGAAACUCAUAUAUAUGCCAGCUAAAUGCUGACCACUGCCUGUGAGCAAGUAUAUGCGUGUUUGUUUCUGUAUUGAGGUUUGUGUGCUACGCCGCAUGAUGGAAUGUCCUAACGUGAUUUUAAAAAGAACAUUUUGUUGUUAUUAUUAUCAAAGUUUUCCAUUUAUUGACAUUACAACUGAA